AUGAAAUCUCAAGUGUAUCUCCUCAUCUUCACUCUUGCCAUUGCCAUUACGGCUACAGUCUCGAAAAGUCAACCAGUUGGUGGUUAUUUUCCAAUAAAGGAUCUCGAGGAUCCUUAUGUGAUAGGGAUUGCAGAAUUCGCGAUAAGUGAGUACAACAAGAUGGCCAUGACAAAUCUAGAGUUGAUUAGCAUUUUGAAGGGUGAAGAACAGGUGGUGGCAGGGAAGAAUUACAAGCUUGUUCUGGCUGCAACAGAUGGACUUGUUACUGGGAACUACUUGACUAUUGUGUAUGAUAGACCAUGGGAGCAUUAUAGGAGCCUGACUGAAUUCUCAAAGCUCUCCUUGGCAAAACGCCAGCUUUCCAAGGGGUCUCAUUGGUUGCCGCCCCUGUGA